CGAGACCACCGCCACUACCGACCGUUCCGUACUAUCCGCCAGAUCGUUCCCGAGAAGAGCCAUUCCAGCAGCUCGUCAUAUCACUCCUCCUCCGCACAGCACCAUCCGUACAAACGCCAUACACAGCACAAACCGGGUGGACCACAAUACUCUUCGUCGCAGGGAAGGCGCUACGAAUCAUCGUCAAAUGCUGGGGCAUCCCAUUCCGGUGGUUCCUAUAAACAUCCUUCCUCGCAUGCUUCGUAUGCUUCUACGGGGAGUUCAAAACCCGCAUACUCCCGCCCAUCGGCAUCGAGAUAUUCGUCGAGCGGAAGGUCGCAUUCCGUACCCACAAGUACGGACCGGUUGGGACGAUCCCGCACGGAUCGGUCUGCUUCGUGCAGGCGUGAUUCGGACAAACCUUCAUCCUCCGACCGGAACAGUUCUCGUCAUUCACGGUUCAAAGUGGAUACCGAGCGCGCUGAAAUCCUCUCUAAAUGGUGCCGCAAUUAUUGCGAAACAUCUGAAGACAUCGCACGCAAGCUGGCCGAAAUGUCAAAUGAUGAGGAUCGCACCGUGUGGGUACGCUCCUCGCCAGCCGAACUGUACUACAAACGCGUAUCGGAAAAGGUGGUCGAAUCGACGGCCAGACUCGACACACUGUGCACGCUGUUCGAAGGUGAGCUUAUCCAGCGUGCGGAACGGAUUCGUGCCACUCAGACCCCGUACAAUCCACCACCUCGCAAGCGCAAGAUGAAGAUGUGCCGUCACAGGCAUGAUAAGUGUUCGUCCUCUUCGGAAUCGUCCGACGACGAGAUGGAGUUUGAGGACGAGUGCAGUAUGGAGGAACUGACGGCAAAGAUAAAGCAUCCGUUGCGAUUGCACGUCGACCUGUGGUACAACGAUCCGGGCGAGAUGAACGAUGGGCCUUUGUGCCGGUGUUCGGCACGCUCGCGACGGACGGGCAUCCGGCACGGGAAGUAUCCGGGCGAGGAAGGUUUCCCGAAGUGUGUGCCAAACUCGAACAAUGCGGAUAAGCUGUAUCAUUAUCGCAUAACGAUCUCUCCGCCAACGAAUUUCCUCACCAAAACGCCCACGAUCAUCAAGCACGAUCAGCACGAGUUUUUGUUUGAAGGAUUCUCGCUCCUAGCGCACGAACCGAUCGGUGAGCUACCGACGUGUAAGGUCAUCCGUUUCAACAUCGAAUACACGAUCCUCUACAUCGAAGAGCAAAUGCCAGAAAACUUCACCAUUCGUGAACUAACCCUGUUCGACCGGUAUCUCUUCCGUGAGCUGCUGGAACUCGUCGACUUUACCGUACAACCAUCCGGGUCGGGCGAAGAAAGCUCUUGCCCAUGUUAUCACUUCCUGCCACGCUUUGUGCGCGAUCUCCCCGAUAACGGAAAGGAAGUGCUAGCGAUGAGUGAAGUGCUGCGCUAUCUGUUGGACAAUUCGGGCCCGCUAGUACCACCGGACAUGCUGAAAGAGAUGAUGGACAUGAGCCAGAACGAGUGGCAAGACUACGUGGACUACGUGAAGGGAAUGGUUGUGACGAAUCCGGGCAUGAAACCUUGCUCCGUAAGGGUUGAUCAGUUGGACCGGAACGUGGGCGACGUACCGGAAGCAACUGCAAUCGAUGAGCACGGUCUGGUGCAUCCCGUAAUCGUCCACUUUGGCAUACGGCCACCGCAGCUAAGCUACGCAGGAAAUCCCGAGUACCAGAAGGCUUGGCGCGAAUACAUAAAGUUCCGCCACUUGAUCGCAAACAUGUCGAAACCUUCGUUCGAGGACAAGCGCAAGCUGGAGGCGAAGGAGAACCGCCUGCUGGAGAUGCGCAUGCAGGGCCGGAUGAAGCGAAACAUUACGAUCGCGGUCAGUGCGAAAGCUUUCCACCGGACGGGCAUUAUGUGCGACAUGGUGCAGCACGCCAUGCUGAUACCGGUGCUGACCGGCCAUCUUCGGUUCCAUCGGUCGUUGAACGUGCUCGAACGGUAUAUUGGGUACACGUUUGCGAACCGGUACACACUUCAGCUCGCACUCACACAUCCCUCGUACAAGGAGAACUUCGGGACGAAUCCGGAUCACGCCCGGAACAGUCUUACGAACUGUGGCAUCCGGCAGCCGGAGUACGGUGACCGGAAGAUUCACUACAUGAACACACGCAAGCGAGGCAUUAACACACUCAUCAGCAUUAUGUCCCGGUUCGGGAAGGAGCACGAAACGGACAGUAAUAUCACGCACAACGAGCGGCUGGAGUUUCUCGGCGAUGCGGUGGUCGAGUUCAUUACCUCCAUUCAUCUGUUUCACAUGUUCCCCGACCUAGAGGAAGGUGGAUUGGCCACCUACCGUGCCGCUAUCGUUCAGAAUCAACAUCUGGCCGUACUGGCGAAGAAGCUGCACCUGGAAGAGUUUAUGCUGUACGCGCACGGGUCGGAUUUGUGUCACGAGCUGGAACUGCGCCACGCGUUGGCCAACUGUUUCGAAGCGCUAAUGGGAGCGUUACUCCUGGAUGGAGGCAUUGAGGUUGCGGACCGUGUGUUUGCCUACGCUCUCUUCCAGGAGGACGAUUCGUUGCGUAAGAUUUGGGUAAACUAUCCCGCACAUCCGCUCCAGGAACAGGAACCGCUCGGCGAUCGGAACCACAUUGAUUCGUUCGAGAUGCUCAAAACACUGACACGCUUUGAAGACUCGAUUGGAGUGCAGUUCAAUCACAUCCGGCUGCUAGCGAGAGCGUUCACCGAUCGUUCGAUCGGCUUCACAAACCUUACGCUCGGCUCCAACCAGCGUCUCGAGUUUCUGGGCGAUACGGUGCUGCAGCUGAUCUGCUCCGAGUAUCUGUAUCGCCAUUUCCCCGAGCAUCACGAGGGACAUCUUUCGCUGCUGAGAAGCUCGCUGGUGAACAAUCGAACGCAGGCGGUCGUUUGUGACGAUCUCGGCAUGACGCAGUACGCCGUCUACUCCAACCCGAAAGCUGACCUCAAAACGAAGGAUCGAGCCGAUUUGCUGGAAGCCUUCCUCGGUGCACUGUACGUCGACAAAGGGCUCGAGUAUUGCGAGAUGUUCUGUCACGUGUGCUUGUUCCCGCGGCUGCAGGACUUUAUCAUGAACCAGGACUGGAACGAUCCGAAGUCGAAGCUGCAGCAGUGCUGCCUUACGCUGCGCACGAUGGACGGCGGCGAACCGGACAUUCCCGUGUACAAGGUGAUCGAAUGUACGGGCCCGACGAACACGCGCGUUUACUCCGUGGCGGUGUACUUCCGUGGCAAGCGGUUGGCGUGCGCGGACGGGCACAGCAUCCAGCAGGCGGAGAUGAACGCAGCGAAGCAAGCGUUGGAAAAUUCGAAAGAUCUUUUCCCUCAGCUCGAUCAUCAGCGGCGUGUGAUUGCGCAAAGUCUCAAGCGUCAGAAGGUACCACGGACGGCCGGUGGCGGCCAGCACGGUGGUCGAGGUACGGGCGGUUCUGCUGCUGGUGGAACAGCCGGGGUGGUGAAUGGUGAACAGGAAGGAGCCGGCGGAGAGGACGAGCUGGAAGAGGACGACAUGAGGCAGAGCGGCUCCGGCGAUCAGCAGUCGGAAGGAGCGGCAGCCAAGCGCACUCGGGAGGAGAAGAAUGCGUCGGUGUUUCUGCCGGAAUCGGCCCGUCUUCCGAAGCAGUAUCAGAUAAAUCGACGGUCGCGUUCAAAUAGCGAGAGUAGCAAUAGUAGCGACAGUAGUGAUAGUAGUAGAGAUGGUGGCAGAAAACAGCUCGUUGUGGAUGAUGUCGUGGCAAGUGACAUUAGCUCCGAUACUGAGGGCUCGAUGGAUUUUAACACGACGGGUGAUAAUGAAGAGAUGGUAGUGGACAAACCAGUGGAGCCGGUGGAACCAGCUGCGCAGAAGAAGCAGAUGAAAGCAGCAGGAGAAGCAACGCAACAACCCGAAAUCAAGCCGGAACCGCUGGACGAAUGCGGCUAUAGUUCCGUGUCGGACGAUGAAGACUUUGGUCUGGACGACAUUUCCGAGGGUGAGGAACAGUUUCCAGCUGACGGGGCAGAUGAUAUUAGCAGGGAAGUGCAGGAAGAAAUUAGUGAGCCCAGUGUUGAAAAUACUCUGCUGCCAGCGGAAGAGAUUAAGGUAGAACAGUUGGAUCCGCCGGAAGAGGAGGACGCCAUAAGUGGCGCCACUGCUGAUGCUGCUCCUGCCACUACUGCCUACGUUAGUUUGCUGCAGGAGUACCAGAUCAAGGUGGAGGGAACGGAUGAGCUAUCGUCCGAUCUGGAGGCAGGCGAAAUUGAUGAAAGUAUGGAACAGUAGGUUAGGAGCUACUGCUAUGCUCACACAUUGCAUUAAGAAUUGAUGUAAGUCAACAUUACCCAGUGCUAGGAAAGUAAUAAAAAAGUUAAUCGAAAACAGGCCCGGUCUCCACACGACAGGACCGGAGUUCAAAUCCCAUCCGGACCGUCACUCUCAA